GGGUGAUGGACAUCCACAAAUGAAUACAUACCAUACGAAACGUAACAUAUCAUACAAAAUGGAGUAUCUUAGAUUUACAUACAGAAUUAUACAAUAUGCUCUGAGACCAGGAUGGAGAAAAUAAUUGGAGACUCCUGUGUUGAUAUUCAGGUUGAACAAUACAUGGAAAACACAUUUCACACAACUGCUGUGAACUCAUUGUUCAUUGUUCAUGUAUUUGUAAAAACACAAGCAUUGUUCUGUUCAAUCUGCCUGUUUAAUUUGUUUCUCUGAAGAAGCUGACUAAGCAACGAUCUUGUAUUGUAUUGCACAAUGUUUGUGGUUAUUUAUGUAAAUAUUUGGUGUAAACCACAGAAAGAGAAGCUGCUUGUUAAAAGGAAAUGAGUACAACAAGCAGAAAAAAUAUUGUCCCCUACUAAACUGCAUUUAUGAUUCUGCAGCAGGCUGUUUCUGUUGUGUGUGUGAACGAGAGAGCCAUGGCAGCAGUGACAUUAGAAUCAAUUCCAACGAUUGAUGAUUAUAGUUAUGAUGAUAGCAAAGCCCCUCCAACUCAGUCCUCAUUUGGCCAACCACCGGAUACAUCACCCAGUUCACCAUUGGACCACAUACUCCUUGUGGUCAAUGUGGUCAUCUUAUUGCUGGGGUUUUUUGGGAAUGGGGUGGUCAUCUGGAUAGCUGGUCUCAAACUGAAAAAGACGGUCAACACCACCUGGUACCUCAGCCUGGCCAUCUCCGACUUCAUAUUCUGUGCCUGUCUCCCCUUCAACAUAAUCCACAUGGUAACAAAGAAGUGGAUCUUUGGGCUCUUCAUGUGCAAGUUCACCUCUUUUGUGAUGUUCCUCAACAUGUUCAGUAGCAUCUUCCUCCUGGUCGUCAUCAGUGUUGACCGUUAUCUACUUGUCGUAUUCCCAGUUUGGGCCCAGAACCAGCGAACCGUGAGGAGGGCCUCUGCAGUUGUGGUUUUUGCCUGGGCCGUCUCUGUUGCACUGAGCAUUCCCUCCACAGUGGUUCGUCAGGUAUCCCUAGAUGGCAUAACGUGCUUUAAUCAAUACCCACACCUUAACAUUCACAUAACUGUAGCUGUCAGUCGAUUUAUCAGUGGCUUUGUGCUCCCGGUCCUCAUCAUCAUCUUCUGCUACUCUGUCCUCAUCCUGCGACUGAGGACCAACAGGAUGACCAGGUCCUCCAAAGCCUUCAAGGUCCUGACUGCACUGAUAGCCAUGUUUUUCAUCAGCUGGCUUCCAUACCAUGUCUUCAUCCUUCUGGAACUUAAAGCCAGUGAUCAAACUUCUCUAACUGUUCUUCAUGAAGGGCUAAGUAUAUCUGCAACUCUGGCUAGUGCAAACAGUUGCCUGAACCCAUUUCUGUAUGCAUUCAUGGGCAAAGACUUCAAGCAGAAAUUCUUUAACUCUUUCCUUUCUAAGAUUGAAAAUGCUUUUGAUGAGGAGGAACGCUCUUCAAGGAGUAGAGGAACCUCUUUCUCCCAGGCUGAUUCAAAAGUUUAUACAAAUGUCUGAUUGCCUUUCAACAAAUAUUGUAAAACAGGGCAAACUUAUGCCCCCUUUAAGUAUAUUUUAUAUACAAUAACCCAUUAAGUUCACAUAUUAAAGUCCAUAGUUGUGACAAUAUAAGAUUUGCUCUGUCUUAGCCAACUGUUAUGCAAACUAUGCAAAUGUUUUAACCCUGAGGAAAUAACUAAUUUAAAGUUAUUUCCUGUAACACACACACAAUUGCUGUAACGGUAUUGUUUAAAUGUAGUUGAAUGUCAUUUGCAUCACCACUUAAGUAACAUAAGCAACAAUAUUGUACUGUAUUGUUCUGCAUUUCCUGCCAUGCAUCACCAAUCUUUUGGUUGACAGGUUUUUGUGUAAUCAGAUUUGUACCAUGAAAUGUAAUUCAGCCCAAUGUGCCAACAUUCAUCUGUCAGGUCAGCUCCUGUGACACUGAAAGGUCAAGUGUAAUUACAUAUCCUAUAGAGGAGCUGAGAAUCUUAUUGAAGAGCCCUGUGUUUAUACUUCACAAAACCGCUGUUUGUCAACAACUAUUUUGGAUGAACGUGAAGCCUUUGGAACUUCAUACUGUACUAAUAUCUCUUACAAAUUGUGAAAAAGCUUUUUUCACAUGUUAAGCUGAAACUUUCUCAUGUGAAUCUAUAUGUUCACAUGUAUUACAUUUAGAGUUAACAAGUUAACACCACCUUUCACAUGUGAGGAGAAUAAUGUGUUUUCUCCUCCCAUGAGUUGCAAGUUUACAUGUAAAAAAUAUUCACAUUUGCAGUUUCCAAUGUAAGAAUCAUUCACAUUGUGUAAUUGCAAGGUCACAUAUGGGUCUGAAAUAGUGUUAUUCUCCUCCCAUGUGAAAAAGUGGGGUUAACAGUGGUGUUGCAGUAGCAAUUUUUCCACAUGGGGGAAUUGCAAAUUAUGUAAUGCCAUUCUACUUUAAUUAAGUAAUAAUUAAAGUGCAUAAAAAUUAAUUAUGGUGCCAUCCACUUCAUUUUUUCCCCUCCAUAGUGUUGUAUUGAUACACCUAUAUUUAGUGCUACCACGAGGAUGAGGCAUUCGGAGUGUUUCUGCUGCAGGCGCAUGCCUGAAGAACCGUGAAGCUAGUUAGCUAGCGGUGUCUCCUUAUUUUUAAUAUCCUGUGUUCCGGUUUGUAUGCAUGGUUACGUUUUCAAAAUCGAGAGAGAAAUUUUUUAACUGAACUGUAAUGACUUUUUGGGUCAUUUUGAUGAUUUAAUUGUUUUGACCAAGUGAAAAACAAAUUAGAUUUUUUUUUCCAUGAACAUGAGCAUAGCGAGGCUAAGUAACUAGCUAGCUAAAUCAUUUUUGAAUGAAAGUCAAUGGUAACAUGUUGGCAUCUCAGAUGAUUUAAAACAAAUAUUUGAUACUUUUCGGGUCUCUUAAAUGGUAAAGAUUUUUACAAACAAGGGCUCAUAUUGAGUGCAUUUGUAUGUGUACAUAUGAACCACGUUAAUAUGUAUUUUAGAAUGUAAUUUUUUAUUUAAUCUAUAUCUAAUAGCUGCAUGCUAAUUUCUAACUGCUAGCUUGCUAGCUAGCUUAGUGCUAGGUGCUAGCUAGCCUGCCAUUUCAUCCCAGCUAGCUAGUUAUAGCUUCCAUUACUGUUUGAUGUCCAUUUGGAUUUUGUUAAUUUUAUGCCGGUGUAUUAAAUGUAUUUGAAAAAUUGUGAAUGUGUUUGCUAUUGGAAUUCAUGUAAACAGAUGCUUUUCUACAAAGAGAGGAUUUUGAAUUUGAAGAGUCAAGGUUCCGAGAUUGAGAGAAAUUUGUAAUAAAUAUACAUUGGAAGAGAACCCCAGUGAAAAUAAGCUUACUCCGUGUCUCCUUAUUGAUCCUGUUUAACAUGUUAAAAUUGACAUUAAAAUAGUCACGUGAUGAGGUAUGCCCACCUGUGACUUCAGCAUCAGUAUUGACCCUCUUGGUCUGAAUACUUUCUGAUGGCACUGUAUUCCUCACGUGACAUUUUUUCACGUGAUUUGUUCACACGUGUCCGAAAACCACGUUUUUUUACGUUUCUUUUUGUAAGGGUAGUCAAAUGUGCAAAAUGGGAAUUAAA